CAUCGAGGAAGUCAAACUAUAUGAGAUCCCUUGCGACGCUGAUCCCCCGACCCUCAACAUCUACAUUGGAAACAUUAAAUAUCCCAUUGAACCUGCGAAUUACAUUAUUGACGCUGGUGACAAUACGUGUGUAUUCACAGUAUUUCCUGACGAAUCUAUGGGAUUCGGCCCAGACUGGGUUCUCGGCGAUCCUUUCAUUCGGCAAUACUGUAAUAUUCACGACAUGAAGAAAAAGAGGAUAGGAUUUGCAAAGCCCCUCAA